AUGAUCUCAGUACGGCAGUGGUGCUUGUUGUGUAUUGAACACUUUCUUCGAACAAAUUUAACGACAGUGUCAGCAGCGUCUUCUGCAUUGUUCUUGUCAGAAAAAGAAAAUAAUGAACAAACAGGCAAUUUCAAAUUUGAACAAAAUGAAUUAACAUCUGACUUAGAACUGAGAUCGGUGUCUCAAUCACUACCAUUGAGUGAAAAAAAUAAUAAAAAGUCACUGACACUAAAAUCAUGCAAAAAUUAUGGUCAUCGUCAAAAAUACAAUAUGGACGAUGAUUAUUUAUGUGAAAAUGCUUUACAAUCUUCUUCAACGAAUACCACAACAGCAAUUAAUAUGUCAGACGAUGGACACGGUUAUGAUGAAGGUUUGGGUGAAAUAACGUUACAUGCAAUGUCCGAUCAUGUUGAAUCAACAACAAAGUUUUUUAACAAUUCACAAUUAUCCGAUGUAUAUAUCAAAGUUGGAAAUAGAAGUUACUAUGCUCAUAAAUUUAUUUUGGCUAAAUCAUCAGAUGUAUUACAAACCUUAUUAUAUUCAUCACAUUGGCAAAAUGAACAAAAUCAACAUGAAAUUAUUCUAGAAGAACAAGAAGAAUGUCAAGGAGAAGUGUUUGAAAAAUUCUUACGUUUUUUUUAUUCUGCACGAGUGACACUAACAGAGCCAACAGUUGUUGGCUUAUUAUGUCUAGCCGACAAAUACAACGUUGUGGCUUUACGUAAUUUAUGUGCACAGUUUAUGAUGAUUAAAGCAAAAACUCCAAAUGUUAAAAAUGGUGUAUCAUGGUAUUCUGUUGCUAAACAAUUUAAUUUAUCUGAUUUAAAAGAUGUGUGUAUGAAAACUGUUGCAUGGAAUACGGAAUAUCUACUAAAAUCAACUGAUGAUUGGCUCAAAGUUGAAUUAGAUUUUGUGAGAGAUUUGUUAUCAAAUUCAGAUUUAGUUUUAAUUAAUGAAUAUCGUCUUUACACAUCAUUAUCCGAUUGGUUACUGUUCGCACAACGUCAACAUUUAUUAGUGCAAUAUGCAAGAGAAUUGUUUCCGUUGAUACGUUUUUCACAAAUGUUACCUGGUCAGUUACGGUUAGUUGAAAAAUCCACAUUAUAUUUGAAAGGUGAACAGAUUCAACAAAUUAUCAAACCACUCCUCUAUCAAGCAUUUCGAUUUCAUACGUUUGCUUCCAUGAAACAGUCUGGUCAAGAUUUCAACAUGGAACAAGAUUUUCAUCCGUUACAAUGGUAUUUACCACGUGAAUAUACAGAAAUGAAUAUCACAGAUCGUGUUGAUAUACAAAGUACACUUCGUUUUGGUAUUCAAGUUGAUGUACAAACAUAUGAUAGUCCUGUACCAUCGAUAGAGCGUACGGCCGAAUGGAAAGUUGUUUAUCGUAAACGUUCACAAGAUAAAUGGACAUUGAAAGUAUAUCGUCAUGAUGAUACAUUACAUGAUUAUGAAACUCGAGCACAAAUAACAGCAAUCAUUUAUAAUAAUGAACGUCGAGUCUUACAAGUUGAUCAAGGACCAACAUUUGUAUUUACACCAUCAAAUCAAUAUGAAUUAGAAGUAUCUCUAUUCAAUCCAACAGAAGCGAAAGAACUAAUUUUACUAAUCAAACCUGUUAUUGCUUAA